AUGGAAUUGAGACUUCCCCAGGUGGUGAAUUGCUCGCAUUACAAUCUUACCUUCACAAUUGAUCCACAAAGUGAAACGUUCGACUUGAAUGAAGAAAUAGAAUUGGAUGUUCUCACCUCAGGUGAACUGCUUCAAUUGAAUGCUGAGAACAUGACGGUCCAUGCAGCCAGCUGGAAUGGUGAGGCUGUUAAGUUUUCAAUUGAUACAGAGAACCACCUGUUAAACAUUUUCCGUAAGUUGAUCGCUGGUGAAUCGGCAAAGUUGACGUUACAAUGUACUGCACCUAUGAGCAGUGACAUGUAUGGAAUCUAUCGAUCCACAUACUUCAAGGACGAGGAGGAACACGAAGAAUUGGCUUCAAAAUCCUCAUUCGGAGAAAAGAAUGAAGAAUUGACGACAAAACAAUCGGAUGAAGAAAGUGGCGACUUGAAUGAUAUCAUUUCGGCCAUACGGUCAGUAGAUGUCAACGAGCACUCUGAUGUGUCAAACGAAAACUACUUGAUCUCCACUCAAUUCGAACCCUUAGGAGCCCGAAGAGCUUUUCCUUGUAUUGAUGAUCCUGCAAGGAAAUCUCAGUUCACAUUAGCAUUAGUACAUCCAACAGGGCUUGAAGCCCUUUCAAAUAGUCGUAUUUUAGAGACUCAGGAACUUGAUAACAAAUGGACUAAAACAAAAUUUGAGAAGUCUCCAGUGAUGCUGACGUACUUGGUAGCAUUUGCUGUUGGAGAGCUUGAGUGUUUGCUGAGCCAGACGCUCCCCAUAUCAGUUUGGACACUUCCUGAAGGUUCUAAGAACGCCUCUUUUGCUCUUGAAGUGGCCGAGAAGUGUUUACCCUUCUAUGAGGAAAUAUUCAACUACAAAUUUCCCCUUCAAAAAUUGGAUUUAAUUGCAAUUCCAGAAUUUGCAAAGAGCGCCAUGGAGAACUUUGGUUUGAUCACAUUCAAAGAAUCAGACUUGUUGCUCAACUUGGAGAGUGCCUCUCAGUAUAAGAAGGAGGUGGUCUUUGAGACAGUUGCCCACGAGGUUGCUCAUCAGUGGUUUGGAAAUCUAGUGACAAUGGAUUUCUGGGAUGAUUUAUGGCUCAAUGAAGGGUUUGCAACGUGGAUCCUGUGGUAUACCAUGGAUUACUUCCAACCAAGUUGGAAAGUUUGGGAAAAUUAUAUUGUCUACACACUCAUGACAGCACUUACAAUCGACUCCAGACAUUCAUCUCAUCCGAUAAUAAUGCCUCUUGAAACCAUCAAUGAUAUUGAGCAGUCGGGUGAUAAUAUUACUUAUAAAAAAGGAUGUGCGGUUGUGGUGAUGCUUUUCGAUUUCUUGGGAAAGGAUACCUUUUUUGAAGGAGUUCGAUUAUAUCUUCGUCGUUUUGCUUGGGGAAAUUCAAAAUCUUCUGAUCUUUGGCAAUGUCUCAGCGAAGUAAGUGGAGAAAAAAUUGACCAAAUGAUGCGUUGCUGGACAACCAGACCUGGAUUUCCCGUGGUACAAGUUGAAGAGAUAGGGGAUAAUAAAAUAAGAUUGAAGCAAUCUCGUUACUUCUCCACGGGUAUCCUUGAGCAUCUGGAUGAGCCUUAUGUGAUACCCAUCACUUUCAGCACAUCACAAGGAUCGGUGAAAGUUAUUCUCGAGGAAACACAAAUGGAUAUCCAAGUACCUGAGGGGCCAUACUUUCUUAACCCAGGACACACAGGCUACUAUCUUACUGCGUAUCUGCCUAGCAGAUUGCCUGAGCUUCUCAAAUGUGAAUUGACUUGUGUCGAUCGUAUCGGUGCUCUCGUGGACCUCGAUUUACUUUCGUCUGUUGGAUUGUACCUGGUCGUAUCCUUUCUUCAACUUGCAGAAGAUUUCAUCAACUUUGAAGAUCUGAAUUUACUAAAUGCUAUAGUGGAGAGCUAUUUUGAUCUUAUGGAUGUAUUUUUGCUUGAUGAGCAGGUAUGGAAUGGACUUUGCAACCUUGGAAAGAGCAUGAUAAAAAGUCAUGUUUCUUCUUGCUAUGUGAAGAAGGAAAAUGAUUUGGAAGAUGUUUUUGAAUUCAAAAGAACUAUUCUACGCUUUGCAUCGUUCAUUAGGGAUUCAUCUGUUGACCUGUAUUGUGAUGAACAAUAUGAUGCAUUUUUGCAGAAUCCUGACUCCUUAGAUCCAAACGAGGCUACUAUAGUGCUCAGAAAUGUUGUCCGGAGAGGAGACCGUGCCUUGUGGAACAAUUUGUGGGAAGUUUUCAAAACUGAGGAAGAUGAAUUUGUUAAGGAGGAUAUACUUUCUAGCCUUGGAAAUUCCAGUGAGCCGGUAGUUUUGAGAGAAUUUCUCGAUUUAGUCUUGCACUCUGGGUUGAUCAAGCCUCAGGAUAUUGGAAUGAGCUUAAGGCCAGUGACUACCACCAGGUUGGGAGUUGAAGUAUUGUGGAAUUGGAUGGUCGAAAACUGGAACAUCCUUGGAUCAAAAUUGGAAUUUGGAUCUGUCACACAUUUAGAGGUCAUUGGGUUCUGUCUUUCAAGCCUUUGCACGAGCAAGCAUUUGAUUAACUUGACUGAGUUUUUCUCAAAUAAGGAUCUCAGCGUAUUUGGUAGUUUAUUUGAGAACUCGAAAGAGAAAAUUAAGUCAAAAAUAGCUAAAGCUGAUCAAUCACUGAUUGAGAUCAAGGAGUGGCUUAUCAGCAGAAAUUGUAUUUUGUGCUGA